GGCGGCGUCCGAGGCGAGGCCGGAGCCUGGGCGCACACGCCGGGACGAGCCCGAGGAGGAGGAGGACGACGAGGACGACCUCAAGGCCGUGGCCACCUCCCUGGACGGCCGCUUCCUCAAGUUCGACAUCGAACUGGGCCGCGGCUCGUUCAAGACGGUCUACAAGGGGCUGGACACGGAGACCUGGGUGGAGGUGGCCUGGUGCGAGCUGCAGGACCGGAAGCUCACCAAGCUGGAGAGGCAGCGGUUCAAGGAGGAGGCCGAGAUGCUCAAGGGCCUGCAGCACCCCAACAUCGUGCGCUUCUAUGACUUCUGGGAGUCCAGCGCCAGGGGCAAGAGGUGCAUUGUGCUGGUGACCGAGCUGAUGACCUCGGGGACGCUGAAGACGUACCUGAAGCGGUUCAAGGUGAUGAAGCCCAAGGUGCUCCGCAGCUGGUGCCGGCAGAUCCUGAAGGGGUUGCUCUUCCUGCACACCAGGACGCCCCCCAUCAUCCACCGGGACCUCAAGUGCGACAACAUCUUCAUCACAGGGCCCACCGGCUCCGUGAAGAUCGGCGACUUGGGCCUGGCCACUCUCAAGAGAGCGUCCUUCGCCAAGAGUGUGAUCGGUACCCCUGAGUUCAUGGCGCCUGAGAUGUACGAGGAGCAUUACGACGAGUCCGUGGACGUCUACGCCUUUGGGAUGUGCAUGCUGGAGAUGGCGACCUCCGAGUACCCCUAUUCCGAGUGCCAGAACGCCGCCCAGAUCUACCGGAAGGUCACCUGUGGCAUCAAGCCUGCCAGCUUUGAGAAAGUGCAUGAUCCCGAAAUCAAAGAGAUUAUUGGGGAGUGCAUCUGCAAAAACAAGGAGGAAAGGUACGAGAUCAAGGACCUGCUCAGCCACGCCUUCUUCGCAGAGGACACGGGCGUGAGGGUGGAACUGGCGGAGGAAGACCACGGCAGGAAGUCUACCAUCGCCCUGCGGCUCUGGGUUGAGGACCCCAAGAAACUGAAGGGCAAGCCCAAGGACAAUGGGGCCAUAGAGUUCACCUUUGACCUGGAGAAGGAGACGCCUGACGGUGUGGCGCAGGAGAUGAUUGAGUCGGGAUUCUUCCACGAGAGUGACGUGAAGAUUGUGGCCAAGUCCAUCCGCGACCGUGUGGCAUUGAUCCAGUGGCGGCGGGAGAGGAUCUGGCCGGCUCUGCAGCCCCCGGAGCAGCGGGACCCAGGCAGCCCUGACAAGGCCAGGGGCCCACCUGCACCCCUGCAGGUCCAGGUGACCUAUCACGCGCAGGGCGGCCCGCCGGAGCCCGAGGAACCUGAGGCGGACCAGCACCUCCUCCCCACCACGCUGCCGGCCAGCGCCACCUCCCUGGCCUCGGACAGCACCUUCGACAGUGGCCAGGGCUCCACGGUGUACUCGGACUCACAAAGCAGCCAGCAGAGUGUGGUGCUGGGCUCUCUGGCAGAUGCGGCACCGCCCCCCACCCAGUGUGUGUGCAGCCCCCCGGUGAGCGUGAGCGUCAGCGACGGCCCAGUCCUGCCCUACAGCCUGCCCUCUCUGGGGACCUACCAGCAGCCUGCCACGCCUGGCCUGCCGGUGGGCUCCAUCCCGCCCCCAGCCCACCCUCCGCUCCCACAGCAGCAUUUCCCAGAGCCGGCCAUAAGCUUUGCCCCCGUGCCGACGGGCCCAGGCCAGCCUGCGCCCCCUGGCCACCAGCCUCCUCCGCUGGCCCAGCCGGCGCCCCUGCCGCCUGUCCUGGCCGCACCGUCCGUGGGCCCUCUCCAGCCGGUGCCCCCCCACCUGCCUCCCUACCUCGCUCCAACGUCCCGGGUGCUGGCCCCUGCUCAGCUGAAGCCCCUCCAGAUGCCACCGGCACAUCUGCGGCCGCUCUCUCAAGUGCCUGCUCAGAUCCUGCUUGGCCACCCGCCUCCAUACGCUACAGAUGUCACCGCCCAGGUCCCCGUGGCGCCUGCGCCAGCCACCAUUCUCUCCCCACCUCUGCCGGAAGCGUUGCCGCCCACUGUCCCCGAGCUGCCUCAGCUCCCCAGCUCCCUGGCCCCUGCGGUGGUGGCUGCUUCUCAGGGCCUGCCCAUCCAGACCACCCCGCUCCUGCCGCCUGCUACCCGCCCACUGCCGCCCACCGGGCCCGGGAUUACCGGCCCCUGCCCAGCCGUGCAGCUGACGGUGGAGCCGGCCCCAGAGGAGCAGGCCUCCCAGGACAAGCAGCCCGGCCCCCCGCAGAGCUGCGAGAGCUACGGAGGGUCCGACGUGCCCUCUGGCAGAGAGACGAGCGACAGCUGUGAGGGUGCGUUCGGCGGAGGGCGGCUGGAAGGCAGGGCCGCCCGGAAACAUCACCGCCGGUCAACACGCGCGCGCUCCCGCCAGGAGAGAGCCAGCCGCCCCCGGCUGACCAUCCUGAACGUGUGCAACACGGGCGACAAGAUGGUGGAGUGCCAGCUAGAGACACACAACCACAAAAUGGUGACGUUCAAGUUCGACCUGGACGGGGACGCGCCUGAUGAGAUUGCCACCUACAUGGUGGAGCACGAUUUCAUCCUGCAGGCAGAGCGGGAGACGUUCAUUGAACAGAUGAAAGACGUCAUGGACAAGGCAGAGGACAUGCUCAGUGAGGACACAGACGUCGACCGUGGCUCUGACCCUGGGACGAGCCCACCACACCUCAGCACCUGCGGCCUGGGCACCGGGGAGGAGAGUCACCAGUCCCAGGCAAACGCUCCUGUGUAUCAGCAGAACGUCCUGCACACAGGGAAGCGGUGGUUCAUCAUCUGUCCAGUGGCUGAGCACCCAGCGGUGGAGGCCCCUGAAUCUUCGCCCCCACUUCCUCCAAGCUCCAUGCAGCCAGAAGCCAGCCAAGAUGCCGCGCCCUGUAAAGACCAGCUGUCCUUGAAGGACAAAUCCAGUUUCCCAGCCAGUCCGCAGCCUCUGAGCCAAGCAGGCCCCAGGGACAUCCCUGGUGGUGCCCCAGCCCCUUUGGCGCCAUCCUCCCCUCCUGUGACUGCUCUGCCCCAGGACACGGCUGCACCAGCUGCCAUCCCCAAGCCAGAGCCAGCAAUGGGGACUGCUGUGCAGGCAGGGGGUCCAGGGACCUCUCAGGGGACGGCCAGUGAGCGCGAGACUCCUCAGCCACUGGCAGAGACUCAAGACACCCAGCUUGCUGCACACCCUCUGGGUGCAGGCGCAGGGCCUUGUGCCCCACCUCUGGAGGCCCCCCGUUACCCCACAGGUUUGGGAGAGCCCACCUCAGCCAGGGAGGCCACUGCCCAGGGCGAGCCGUUGCGGGCUCCGGCCCCUGCACCCAGUGCCCCCAGUGGGACCCCUCAGCCUGCCCUGGGCCAGCCCCUGCCCCCACUCCCCCCUGCGGUGGGGGCCAUCAGCUUGGCCACCCCCCAGAUCCCCAGCCCCCCCCUGGGGCCCACCAUGCCCCCCCAGCCGCCCUCAGCCUUGGAGUCAGAUGGGGAGGGGCCGCCCCCCAGGGUGGGCUUUGUGGACAGCACCAUCAAGAGCCUGGACGAGAAGCUCCGAACUCUGCUUUACCAGGAGCACAUGCCCACCUCCUCAGCCUUGGCUGGGACCCCCGUGGAGGCGGGGGACCGAGACUUGGCCCUGGAGCCCCAGCCUGUGCUGGGAAAGUCAGAAACAGCUCUGGGGCUGGGGGCUGCGCUGGACCAGGCUGGGUCCUCGCCAGUGACAGCAGAAUCAUCUUUGAGCCAAGUGACGGCCUCAGGCUUGCCCACAGCUCCAAGUGCUCCCCAGGACGUCCCUGCUUCUGCCUUCCCUGCACAUCUGGAGCCCGCAGACCGCAGCAGUGGGGUCCCUGGGGAAUCCUCAGCCCAGCCCACACUGAGCAUCCUGGGGACAUUGACGGAAGACAGCCAGACCGGCCUCCCCCAGAUGCAGGGCACUCUCGCCUCCGAGUCCCCCCAGAAGCAUCUAGGACAGCAGGACGGCAGCUCACCAGCCAAAACCGUGGGCCGGUUCUCGGUGGUCAGCAUGCAGGACGAGUGGACCCUGGGCUCCCCCCACAGCCUGCGGUACUCAGCGCCCCCGGAUGUGUACCUGAAGGAGGCCCCCCACAGCCCCGACGUGAAGCUGGCUGUGCGGCGGGCGCAGACAGCCUCGUCCAUCGAGGUCGGCGCGGGUGAGCCGGUGUCCAGUGACUCUGGGGAUGAGUGUCCGCGCAGGAGGCCCCCCGCGCAGAAGCAUGCCUCCCUGCCCAGUGGCGGCAGCGUGGCCAGUGACUUGGUGAAGAAGGCCACCACCUUCCUGCACAGGUCCUCGCGGGCCGGCUCCCCGGGGCCGGAGACACCCAGCAGAGUGGGCGUGAAGGUGCCCACCAUCAGCGUGACCUCCUUCCACUCCCAGUCAUCCUACAUCAGCAGCGACAACGACUCAGAGAUUGAGGAUGCGGACAUCAGGAAGGAGCUGCAGAGUCUUCGGGAGAAGCACCUGAAGGAGAUCUCGGAGCUGCAAAGCCAGCAAAAGCAGGAGAUCGAGGCUCUGUACCGCCGCCUGGGCAAGCCGCUGCCCCCCAACCUGGGCCUCUUCCACACGGCCCCUCCCGCCGGCCGCAGGAGAAAGAGCAAGAGCAAGCUGAAGGCGGGGAAGCUGCUCAACCCGCUGGUGCAGCAGCUCAAGGUCGUGGCCUCCAGCACAGGUCACUUGUCAGACUGCAGCAGAGCCCCUCCUGCUAAGGACCCUGCCCAAGCCGGGGCAGGGCCCGCGGCAGCUUCAGACCCGUGUGGGAAGGCAGUUCAGACCCAGCAGCCCUGCUCCAUGCGGGCCUCCCUGUCUGCAGACAUCUGCUCCGGCUUAGCCAGUGAUGGAGGCGGAGCGCACGGCCCAGGCUGGACGGUUUACCACCCAACGUCUGAGAGACUGACCUAUAAGUCUAGUAGCAAACCUCGCGCUCGAUUCCUCAGUGGACCCGUGUCUGUGUCCAUCUGGUCUGCCCUGAAGCGUCUCUGUCUAGGCAAAGAGCACAGCAGUCGGUCCUCCACCAGCAGCCUGGUCCCCGGCCCCGAGCCGGGCCCCCAGCCCACCCUGCACGUCCAGGCCCAGGCAAACAACAGCAACAACAAGACAGGCACCUUCACGGACGACCUGCACAAGCUGGUGGACGAGUGGACGAGCAAGACGGUGGGGGCCACCCAGCUGAAGCCCUCGCUCAACCAGCUGAAGCAGACGCAGAGGCUGCACGGCCUGGAGGUCACGGCGGGCUGGCCCCCGGCUGCGGGCGAGGCGCAGGCCAAGUGUUGGAAAUUGCACAGUGAGCGUGCGUGGGCCCCCGCCCACACGCCGUGGCUGGCAUUUUGCUGUGUUGCUCACACCUCUCCGUCCCCUGAGGAUGAACGCCCCUCGAGCAGCAGUGGGGACGCCAUGUCUGACCCCAGCGCCCAGCCCUCUAGCCACCGCGGCCAUUGCUGGAACCACCCCAGCCCUGCCCAUGCCAGAGAUACGAAUGGUUUAUAACUCUGACGCUAAAGCCUGACUUUAGAUUUCUGUUGUACAUGAGUCUCCCUGGGCUUCUCCAGUCCCUGAUAGCAGACAGACGGACACCCCCCGCCCCCAGCAGCAGUGCUCUGGGUGCUGCGAGCAAGCCACCCAGGGAUGCGUGCUUCCUGGGACAGCGUGUUGCUGGCAGCAGGUCUCUCAGUAAGGAACGUGAGCAGCUGUGUUCGGCUGUGCAGAGCCUGCUGGAAAGUGCUAGAUGAGCAGACACACCCUCUUGACCCAAAGCUUGUGGGGCACAGGCAGGCCACCCACCCUGCAGAGACCGCAGGGCGCCCGCAGCUCUGGGGUUCUGCCGAUCCUCCUGCCAGCUAUGCUCCCUUUCCCGUCAUUUCUGCGGAGGCCUGUGUGCAUGCAGGUUGCCCUGCCUGGGCUGGGAGAACCCCUCUCCUGGAGAUUUUGGUGGGACUCCUCCCAGAUGGGAGCUGCCGUCCCUGCUCCUCGUGGCCACGGUGUUUCCCGUGUCCCCUCAGAAGGCAGCUGCCUUCGGCUGCCUAGCUGUGAACUGUAUAGUUCUGCUGUUCUGUGGGACCUCACGAGGACUGGCUAAAUGAUUUUAAGUGUGUCAUUCCAUCAAUUCAGUUAGAAUUGAGUUUUCUGGGUGAUUAGGCAGUCUUCUGCCAGGGCACGAUGAUGUAAUAAGAGAUUUCUGUUCUCUGUAACGUGCCCUUGGUCCCUUGGUGGAGAAUUCCACGCACCUGGUUCCUGAGGGUCGUGGGAGCCACCUUCUCCUGCUCUCCCCACCUCCCCACUGCACCAGAGGUGAGAUUUGGGAUUCUGGCCUCGUACAUGUAUGGUCAGUGGCACGGAAUCCCCAAGAGAUUGUAUAUAUGAAGGAGAAAAAUAAACAUUUUUGCUUGAAAA